CUUUGACACUUUUAUGAAAUGCAAAUAUAAUGUCUGGGUCUGGAAGGUUGCAACUUGUAAUGCUGUCUCCGGAUUCCAGAGAAAUCUGUAUUGCAUGACCAGCAAGAAGAGCGCGGUUUGUGCUACGCGCAGAGGGCACAUCGCAUGCGGAAUAGGCAAGAACAGGAAACGCUCUAAAAAUCUGGCAUGCUAGAUCAUGCAUUACAGGCAUCAUAGCUCAUGCGAAAUAUGCAUGGCAAACGUUGCAAUAUUCCAGACCGAGACAUAUUUGCACUAGAUAACCUUGAACAUCCUGCAGAAAAACUUUUUCUUCCUGCAGCACCGUUCCGCCGAGGAGUACAUCUGUUUGAACCAAAUCGCGAGCCACCUGGCAGUCAAGUCGAAACGCGAGGCGGCGGCAGCCGCGGCAGCAGAGCUGUGGGCGGUGCAGGAGGGAGAUGACGGAGCUGGUGCUGCUACAACAGCACCAGCCGGGGCGGGGCCAUCAACAACAACAAAGACCGCCGGCAUUUUUGGGUCGCUCUCCGCGCUGACCUUGACCGAUGCGAAGAGUGGUCCGGGUGAGGUUGCAGGUGGUGUGCGAGCUGAUGGGGAACAAAGUCUACCCAAAACUCUCCCACCCCCGGACCAGACCAACUCCACCCACUUCGGCCUGGAGUUCAUAUCAAAUGCAAAAGUGUCUGGGUCUGGAAACUUGUGAUGGUGAGUGGCGUAUCAUGAUGAGGCCACAAGAGCUUGCUCAACAUGACAAGUUUCUGAGCUCCUUCUAGGCGUUGCCUAUUCUGCAUGACCAACUGAGUUUCAGCUGCAUGAGAGGAAAAUGGAGUUCUUGGGUAACAUGCAUGACAGAUUCAAGAGUAUAUGCCAGACAAUCAUGACAAACAUGCAUUCUUCCAGACCCGCCAGACAUUUUUGCACUUGAUAGUUCACCGAGGUGAACAAAAGCGAUCCGAGGAGCCAGUCGCUGUUGGUGCAAACGUAUGCAUUGCAAAACUACCGCACUACGUAGAAAUUGCAUUACAAAUUUUCUCAAGAUGAAGAAAUAAAAUUCAAUUGAAUUUGUCAUGCGUGUUUGGGUAGAAAAUUGGACUUGUCAUGCAAAGCUGCAAUUACUACGACUAUGUUGAUAUUUUUGCAGAGGAUAAAACGGGGUUAGCGCGGGAGCAGGCGAAAGUGGAGCAGCAGCGAAACUGGGAACCGAAUAAGAGACUGCUGGACUUGGCGAAUCUGAAUUUGACGGACGAAAAACUGCUGCGGUUGCUGGAUUUCUACGAAACGGCGCUGCAGUCGACCCAGAAGACGAAAAACAACAAGAUUGUGUCGGUUCAGUUGGAAAACAACGAUUUUUCCGACAUUUCCCUGAUCCCGCUCUUCGACCGGCUGAUUCGACCUUUCGGGGAUCAGUUGAAGGAUUUGGACCUGGCCUGGAAUUACAAGGUUUCGCAGUUGGGACUGAACUGCCUCCUCACCAACGCGAAGAAGAUCCGAAACCUGAACCGGUUGAAUUUGAAUGGAAUCCAGGCGAUCGGGAAUUCGGGUUCGCUGUUCUCCAAACUUUGUGAGCAGCUCGCCAACAAUUGCUCCUUUCUUUCCAUUCUCGCCUUGUCCGACUGCCGGCUGGCUUCGGUGAAUCCGAGGGAAAUCCUGGACGAGAACUUCUUCGAACUGAUAUCUGGCCGGUUGAAGGCGUUGGACUUGUCGAAAAACGAUCUGCAAGCGCCGGAGUUCUUCCGCAAGCUCGGCGUCGCAAGUUCCGAGUCGCUGAAGCUGCAGUUUUUGGACCUGAGCUUCAACCACAACUGUGGAAUCCGAAAACACGCGGAUCUAUCUGCUACGGCGGCGGACAAAGUCACACGACACUACCUACAAAACAGUUCGGUGCUGGAGCCGCACGCGCUGCACUCGGUGACGAUGGGAGAGGAAAAUCUGCCGGUGGAUCUGUUGCAGCAACAUCUCGAGCUGAAGUCCAUGCCCCCAAUUACCUUUUUCUUGACCAGUUUGAAACCGGCAUCGGGUGUUUCCACGGGCGCGCAGGUAUCCUCAUUGAAGUCCCUCUGUUUGAACAAUUGCGGCCUCGAUGCCAGCAUGGAUUUGCUGCUCUCCGAAGCGGUGAUUGGGUCUGGUUCGACCGGGAUUUCCGGCCUGAAAUCUCUGGAAUUGCGCGGCAACCCGCACGGGUAUCUCGGAAUGCAGUACCUGCUGCGAGCGGUUCUGGUGCAGUGCAAAAACAUUUUGGCCAACAGCAACACGUCGACAGGAGGCACGUUGACAACUUCUUCUAAGGGAGCUGCGAGCAAGAAACAAGGAGCAGGAGCUACGUCUGCGAAUAAGAACAUCAGCGGUGGAACAGUAGCUACAAGUGCUAGUACAACUACAGGUGGGGGUGCUGCUGGGGACAUGGCGAAAGAGUCCAACGUGAACCAAAUGCUGAAGGAAACGCACAACAGGAUUAUCGCGAUAGAUUUCUCCGACACGAGGAUCCAACUGGAUAACCAGCAAACGAGGGCGGUGAACGAUAAUCUGUAUCAACUGCAAAAGUGUCUGGGUCUGGAAGAUUGCAACUUGUCAUGCUGUUUUUGGACUCUAAAAAAAAUUGCAUUGCAUGACCACCAGCACGAGGGGCACAGUUUGUGCUACACGGACAGGGCAUUUCUCAUGCGGAAGGUGCAUCAGGAAGCCCUCUAAAAGUCUGCGAUGCUGGUCCUGCAUUACAGGCAUCAUGGGCCAUGAGAAAUAUGCAUGACAAAUCUUGCAUUCUUCCAGACCCAGACACUUUUACAUUUGAUAAUCUGUGGGACUUCACGAAUCCCAAACUCGGCAAGUACAAACUUUGGCUCGGGAACCCGGUGCACCGCACCGUGUUGGAUUUGGUGCGGAAGCAUUUUCAGGAGCUGACGGCGAAGAACGUGCUCUACUUAUCAAAAGGAAAAAUGCCCCCUCCCCAUAUCGAAAACGAAACUUGUGGUGCUGCAUUUGAGUACACAAGUCGACUUGUAUUGCUAGAAGGCCAAAAGACGCAGUUGUGGCCUGACUUGUUGCAGGCAAUUUGCCAUGCUGUUUCCCCAUUCCAGCUGCCUCCUGUCAUGCUGAAGAUUUGGCUUUCCCACGCCAGCCAGCACUACAGUCCUUGGCACCGGAACACCUCGACAAGCUGAAGUCGUCGAAUUGCUGUCGAUUUUCUGUCGAUUCUCUGUCGAUUUUCUGUCGAUUCCUUGUCGAUUUUGGCCGAUAUCUUUCUUGUUUUCUGCCUGCGUGCUUGGUCCACUGCCGUGUACAACCCAAGUAGCGCAUACAAUGAACAGUUCGAGAAGUAUGACCGUUGUCAUGAAUAUAGAGCAAAAGCGGGGAGCAUGACGAAAACACGCAGACAACAGCAAAAGCGGGGAGCACAGCGACAAUUUCGCACAAUUGUACGAAAUUAGGAAACUGACAUUUUCUGUCAGAAAAAUUGCUGACUUCGUACAACCGUACGAAAAGCGGGUGCUUGGUCUCCAGAUAACAUUUCGUACAAUCGUACGAAAAUGCGCUGGCUCGCACAAUCGACGACACUGGCAGGGCUGGACGUACCCCAGCCGGAAGGUGCGGGGCAGGUCCCCCAAUCGCUUUUUGUACAAUUGUACGAAAAUAGGAGGUCGCGCAGCCGCUUGUUUUGUACAAAAGGGCGCGCAAGUGUUUGUGCCAAAUACGACGGCUCUGCUGCCUUGCUUCUCGGUGGUCGUUGUCGAUUCCUUGUCGAUUCCACUCGUUGCGCCCAUGUUUCGGGGUGACCUCUGUCGAGUCCGUGUCGAUUCUUUGUCGAUUCCUUGUCGAUUCCUUGUCGAUUCUUUGUCGAUUCUUUGUCGAUUUCGUACAAUUUCGUACAAUUGUACGAAAUUCGCUGUUUCUUUUAGAAAUAUUGAUUUCGUACAAUUGUACGAAAUUAGGAAAGUGACAUUUUCUUUCAGAGCUGCUGAUUUCGUACAAUUGUACGAAAUGAGAAAAAAUCGACAAGGAAUCGACAAGGAAUCGACAAAGAAUCGACAAGGAAUCGACAAGGAAUCGACAAGGAAUCGACAAAGAAUCGACAAGGAAUCGACAAGGAAUCGACAAGGAAUCGACAGAGGCUCCGCGCCGCUGCUGUGGAUGCACUUGGGCGCGCGCGGACACUGGGCGCGCGGGCAGCGCUGCCGCGGCCCGCAGAAUGCAAGCACGCCUGCGAAAGUGGCGGACAGUGUUGUCCCCUGUUUCGUACAAUUGUACGAAAAGCGGCUUGCUCCUUUAGGUCGUCGCCUGCUGGCGCCGCCAUCCCCCCGAUGGUAAUGUACGAAAUCGCUACGCCGCAGGGUGGCGAUGUGACGCCAAGUGCCACGCCGCUUUUCGUACAAUUGUACAAGAUCGCCACGCCGCAGGGUGAGCGGGGCCUCCAUUUCGUACAAGUGUAACAAAGCAAGGCUCGAGCCGGAAGAUGACGCACAGUGCAAAAGCCGCGCAGCCGGUUCGAUACAGUAGAACCGCAGCGCGGCGUGCAAUUGUUCGACACCGAAAGGGGACGCCAAAAACUGCCAGCGACUUGGAGCAAAGCGCUGGCUUUGUGUGGUUUCAAGUCGCCGGCCUUCUCUCUGGCCGUGUGGCGCACGACAACAGUCGUGAGCGUAGACAUUGGAGCACGUGCGUGCGAUUUUCGUUUUGGAUAAGGAAUCGACAAAGAAUCGACUAGGGGUUUUGCAAAAUUCGUCGGGAGUUCACUGUCGAGGUGUUUCCGUGUCAACAGUCCGCAUCUUUUGCCUUCUAGCAUGACAAAGCUGAUUUGCGACCACAAAUCUGCAUCACAGAUGUCCGCUUUGAUAUGGGGAGGGGGGAUUUUUCAUUUCGAUACUGCUAUGCAAUCGAGAGCGGAUUUGUCAACGGCAAGGAAGUGACUGGGGAUUUCUUCAGUUCGCCACUCGUGCAAAACAGCAUGACAAAUUCUAGCGCUAGUACAACUUCCAUAGUCAUCGAGUUUGAGCUGCGUCUGGUGUCAGAGCAGCCGAAAGAACAUGGGCAGCUGGGACAGCAACAGCAGCUUCUGCAACUACAACAAGCCGCUUCUACGAACAAGCAGCCGCUUCUGCCGCACGAUUUCUUGAACCACUUGUCGAACGCCCAUCGGUACGACGUGUCGCUUACUGGUCUCGUCGGUAUUCUUCAAUUUUUCCACAACGCAGACGAGGGGCUGGUGUUCGACACCCCGCUCCUCCCGCUCCUCGCGCGCAUGCUCUCCCUGAAGCCGACCCAGUUCCGCAUGCUGGGUCGGUUCCUGGAAGCGACCAGGAUGCGGAAAGCGCUGUGGCCGUUGGCCGGCACGGUCUUGCCGAUCACGCCCGGAAACCAAAACAACGGGGACUUCUGCGCGCAGAUGAUCGGCGCGCUGCGGAAGCCGGAGCGAAUGCUGAUGCACUCGGUGUCGAGCGUAAUUGGGUUCAACCCGCGGAACCCGUCCGGGCGGUACGUGUUUGUAUCCUGUGCAAAAGUAUCGUACUCGUACUAAUUGCAAAUAUGCGUGACAAAUCUCCUUCCUAAGGUAAAACAGCAUUACAAAUUCCACUUUUCUUCUUGCCAAAAUUUGUGAUGCAAUCUAUACUAGUACGAUGCUUUUGCAAUGCAUACUUUGACCUGUUAAACGACGGAGACAAAUGCCUUGUCGACGCGAUUCAGAAGUUGAAUCUGUUCGACAAAACGUGCCUGGAGCAGGCGUUCUUGACGAAUAGUACCGGGAGCAAAAAUUCGUCGAGUACUGCCAGCGCUGAUUCCACCACUGCGAAGAACAAAAAGAAGGAUGCUAAAGGAGCAGCCGCAUCAGGAGCUGCGGGUAAUGGCGCGGCGGGAGCGGACGGCGGGUUAAAGAAGAAAUCGCAUCAUGACCUCCUGCUCGAGUGGGCAGCGGUGCGGAAUUCGGUGCGGAAAAUCCAAACGGGGGUUGUGAAGACGAACACCAGAAAUGGGAGUACAAAUAAGGUGCUCAGUGCUAUCCAACCGGUGGAAUACGGACUGCAGAACAUUUAUGGAAGUGUCAGAAUCGAAAUUGACAAAGUUGACAUGAUUUGUCAUGCAUAAAAUGGAUGCCAGUUGGAAACCAGUUUCUAAGUGGCGCAUGACAAAUUUCGGCGGUCUCUAAAUCCAGUUUGUCAUGCUGUUUAGGCAAAGGAGGGCGAUUUCCUCAUGCUACUUUAGCAGCUCGAGCUGUAACCCCAAACAGCCUUACAAUCGGCCUCACUUGCCUGCUCUGCAACACACGUGCCUCGGGUCAUGCAUUUUAUGCAUGACAAAUCGUUUCAACUUUGAUGUCAAUUUCGAUUCUGGCACUCCCAUAACAUUCCCACUUCCUACUCCGCCGGGAAUAAUUCCUCGUCGGCAACUAUCGCAAGAAAAAAGUGUUACAGUUACACAUUGUGUUGCAAGACCGGCAACACAGACAACCUUUCUCAUGCAGGAAAUGCUUGGGAUCCUCGUUUCCUUCAUGUUUUCCCUUAUGAUGUUCGCAUUACAAGUUUUCUGUGCCGCACAGAGAAAAUUUGUGAUGCAGAAACUCCAACAAAUGUGUAACUGUAACACUUUUUUCUGGUGAUAGCAACCACCAAGGUUUUCGACAUUCGCAUUGCGUCGCAAUCCGUUUGGCACUUUAGCUCAGUGUCGGUUUCGCAGCCUAGUUGGUAUUUGUUCGACUACGUAGGGCUGAAUUGGGACAAAUUGGUGGACAAACCAGCUGUUCCACCGAGCGCGCUGUCCGUCACGAAGAAGAUCCUGGAAGUUUUCCAGUACGAGCGGAACCAGGUCUUCGUGACUUCGGAUUUAGUCAUCGCCCUCCAGUCGAUUGCGCACUUCCUGCACCCGAGUUGCAACGAAAUCGUCAAGAUUCUGCGGUAUCUGCACCAGCGGAUGGCAAUGGAGGAGAGGUUGAAACAGGAUCGGUUGGAAGAGAAGAAAAUGUUUGUGCAGAGACAGAUAUGACAGUUGUGCACAACUCCCCCCGCCCCCUUCAUGUGUGUACUAGCAUGAACGGCAAUACAAGCAUCAGCAAGAAUGCCGGUUGUGCAUGACAAGUUUGCACUGGAGCGCAGUGCUACUUUAGGUUUCCAGAUUCACUUGUCAUGCGAGCAGUGCUCUGAGGCCAGGCGUGACCACUGAGUUUGGUGCUUUGCAUGACAAACGAGGGGAAGGGGGAGAUGUGCACUCUCAUAACAGAAAACCGCGAAUAACCUGAUCGACACGGACCAGGUGAAACAAGCUGUGGACGACUUGGAGCAGGUUCGCGAACAGGUAAAGAUAAAACGCGCGAACACCUAUCCUGUGUAAAAACGUCCCCACCCCAGAGAUGUCAUGCUAAUCUGCAUGCCAAAAGUGUCUCGCAUGCGGAGCCCCAUGAGAUGAAGCAUUCCCUAUUUUUCGUGUUUUGGAAUUUGUGAUGCUAUAACCAGCAUGAUAUGCUAGAUCUGUGAUGCUUUGGAACUACCUAACCUAAACAGGAUUACACUACGAGGGCAAAGAAUUUGUCAUGCGAAACAACCAAAUAAGGCUAAUUUGUCUUGCAGAUUUCCCAUCUGAUCCUGACUCUGCUGGUGUGGGGACGUUUUUACCCAGGAUAACACCAGGAAGCAGGUUUCUCUUCUAGACGACGACGAGGAAUAUCCUGUGCAAAAGUAUCGUACUCGUAUAAAUGCAAGGCUUGCAUUACAAAUCUUUUUAUCAAGGCAAAUCCGCAUGACAAAUUCCAUUUCUAAUUCUAACGAAAUUCCAAAUUUGUAUUGCAAUCUAUACUAGUACGAUGCUUUUGCAAUGCAUAAGGAAGAUGGCGACACUAAAGCUGCAGGAGCCGUGGCGAACAAAGACGAGGAUGAUCUGGCCGCUCCGACGUCGACACAUGCGGGGUUGCGCAGUAUGCGCCGAUCGAAAACGAUGGAGGAAGUUUUGAGCCCGAUUAGCGCAGUGGGAAAGAAAUUGAUUCCCGGAAAGCACUCGACCAUGGACUUCGGAGCAUCUUCCCUGGCGUCGCCGAGCGGUCCACACGCGUUUAGUACUACUAUCCAGAAGCAGGGCAGCAUGACCAGCCUCGGGACCGCCCCCGCGAACAGCGUGAAUUCGCCGGCCGCAGGAGGGGCCGGCUUUUCCUCCGCGUCUCCCUCGCCGAAAAGGCUGGACCGGGCCGGCUCCAUGGGGAACGCGAUGCGGAGAAGUCGCUCGUUCAGUUCGGGGGCGGGCGACAGCUCCGGCGUGGACUCUAUCAAAAGGAAAAAUCCGCCCUCCCCAUAUCGAGCCGAAAAUUUCUGUUGCUGGAUUUGUGUACACAAAUCAGCUCUGUCUUGCAGUGGAGGACUGCAGGCCUAUAUCAUGCCAAUGUAGAGAGGUUUUGGCAUAGGCAAGUAGCAUGAGGGCUGUCUAUGCUGUAGGCCCAACAGCAUUACAAACCGCCUGCAUAAUGGGGCGGAGCAUAUGCCGUUGCUUACUUGCAAGACAGACACGAUCACAAAUCAGCAUCGCAAAUUUUCUGAGGCAUGCCUUUUCGAUAUGGGGAGGGGGGAUUUUUCUUUACGAUAGACUCUCCUUCCCUGUCUCCGCGACGGUCCAGCAGCUUGGAAUAUCAAAUGCAAAUAUGUCUGGGUCUGGAAGAAUGCAAGUUUGUCAUGCUUGUUUCACAUGACUCUUAAAUCUGUCAUGCACAUUACCCAAGAGACCCAUUUUGCUGUCAUGCAGAAACGCAGUUUGUCAUGCACAAUAGGCAACACCUUGAAGCUCAGAAACUUGUCAUGCUGAGCCAGCACCUGUGGCCUCCUCAUGAUACGCCGCCCAACAUCACAAGUUUCCAGACCCAGACAUUUUUACAAUCCAUAUGGAAAGGGGAAACACCACGAGUUUCGCAGGGAAGCGCGACCUAAUUCAGGGAAAUGCGGAGCUCGUUUUGGAGCACGCGCGGGAAAUGCGGGAGAUGCGCAGGGCGGGGUCGAAGCGGUCAGGCAGUAGUACGAAUUUGUUGCGAAGAAAUAGCUCGUUUGAAGUAGGGGCGGAGUUGGAAAACGGAAAAAUAAAGGGGAACCACAACAACUCCCCUGCGUCUCGAAAAAAGCGCCUUCGGGAGAGGAAAAUGUAUUCGAUUUUUGAUUACGAGGCGUCCACGGGCUCAGCGGCGGCGGGCAGCUCGAGCACAAUAACUAACACGUGGUCCACCUGGGGUGCCGGGAACAAUAAAACAGCAGGAACUACGAGUACUUCUAGUGCAGGAGGAGCUCCAAAGGCAGCUCCUGCACAAAUGAGCGGAACUACAGGCGCAAACGAUAUUAAAGCCACUACUAGCGUAUCAACAACUUCCACCGUUCUAGAGGACCCCGUGAUCCAAAAAGUGUUGCUCACGCUUACGCCCUGCUGAAACGGUACAAUCUCAAACGUUACAAUAGAAUCUGGAUUUUGUCGCGUUGCGUGAUGAGCAUGACAGACUCGGACAGCAUUCUACUUUCUGCAAUACAAAUGUCGCUAGAUUGUAGUGCGGUUUGGGACUCCGACGCUGGAACUUACUUGUCAUGCGCAAUCCUAUGAGAGUUGGCUUCUAGGUAAUGCACUUCUUGCAUCACAGAUCUCCAUAGUCUAUUGUAACGUUUGAGAUUGUAACACGUGAGCAGGCUAUAGCGCUGGCCCCCCGAUGCACCGACGGCCACAACGGCAGGCUUGUCACCGCUAUCAAAUGCAAAAGUGUCUGGGUCUGGAAAAGUGGAACUUGUCAUGGUAAAUCAGAAUCAUGCAAAAAUCUGUGUUGCAUGAUGUCCAGAAGCUGUUGACUUUCGACCAAGUUGAGAAGCAGUUUCUGAUGCAGGAUAGGCAUGAUGGAGACCUCACAGAAUCUGUCAUGCUAGGUUCUGCAUUGCAAACCUCAUUGGCCAUGCAAAAUGUGCAUGACAGGUCUUGCAUUCUUCCAGACCCAGACAUUUUGGCAUUUAAUAACCGCCUUACUGGCCGCGUUUGACGACGAUUUUGUUUGCAGCAUUGAGCACGUUGCCGACCCGUUUUUCACAACAACAAGCACGAUGGCAGAAGGCGGGCCGGCGAGUAAGGCUUCAACAGUAAUUUCUAAUGGUGUUCUUGCUGGUACAGCAACUUCUACGGCUGCAGCUACAGCAACAGAAGUUUCUACUUCGGUCCUACAGCAUCACCAAGACCACACUCAUAUGAACUGCAAAAGUAUCGUACUCGUAUAAAUGCAUUACAAAUUUUCUCAGCAUGAGAGAGAAAAUUUGUAAUGCGGAUUUCCCUUAAGAUAAAGAUUUGUAAUGCAAGACCAGCAUUUAUACGAAACGAGUGCGAUACUUUUGCACAGCAGAACUCAAGCCAAGCAACCGACACGGUCCGCCGUUUGUGUCACUUCCGGGGAGAAUAUGAGAGUGCACAACUCCCCCUCUCCCUCAUUUGUAAAGCAUGAACGGCAAUACAAGCGACAGCGAGAAUGCAGGUUUUGCACGCCAAAUUUGCACAGCCACAGGAUUGUAGUGCUAUUUGGGCUGCCAGAACUUGUCAUGCAAACAGUGCUAAGAGGGACUGUCUGGGUUGGGCAUUUUGCAUCACAAAUGAGGGGGAGGGGGAGUUGUGCACUGUCAUAGAGAUGAAAAACACCGUGUCUGGGUUCCUGUGGGACAAGCGAUAUGAAAUGCAAAAAUGUCUGGGUCUGGAAACUUAUGAUGCUAAAAUGUGCAUGAUGAAAACACUUCCGAAUGCAGUCCGGCAUGACAACUUCCCAAAACGCUUUCUCAUAGGCAAUCCACAUGAGAAACUGCGUUUUUGCAUGACAAAGAAAGUAAGAGGCUGCGACUUUUGUUCGUUAUGCAAUACAGAUUUUCUAGGUAUGGAAAGCUAGCAUUACAUGUCCCAACCUUCCAGACCUAGACACUUUUACAAUCCAUAAGCGAGAGUUUGAGACUACUUCUGCAGAGGUGGUCAACUACGUGGAGAACCAGAAUAAACAGCACAAGACGAGAACAAGAUCUUUGGCAACCAUCUACGAGAUCUUUGGCAGCACGUCUUACCCGCUUUUCGACCCAAGUCUACUUUUAUGAGCUGCAAAAGUUAAAGUAUCGUACUCGUAUAAAUGCAUUGCAAAUUUCCUCAGCAUGAGAGAUAAAAUUUGCAAUGCUGAUUUAGCAUAGGACCAAGAUUUGUAUAUGCAUGUUUGCAAUUACUACGAGUACGAUAUUUUUGCGCAGGAUAACUUUUCUCCUACGACAAGAAACUGAACCCGAGGGAAGACUUGCUGGAAGCCUUCGCUGCGGGGCUGGACAACGACGACGCGCUGGAACAGGAGCAUGCGGACCAAGUAGACAAUUUAGUGGAUAAAGAAUCGGCUGUGAAAGAAGCGCGAGAGGCCAGACAGCUGCUCGUGGAACAAUUGCGAAAGACCGUCGAAAGGACGCAGCAAGAAACCAUGGAAAGCCUCCAGUCGGGCACAGGGUCCUCGGCCUCUUCAACUAGAACGACUCUGUCCCUGAAUCUGCAGCUGUCUGCGGACCGGUUUUUGCUGCAAACCCUGCUCCAAACGUUGCUCCAGUUUUACGCACCAGUGUUUCUGAUAUGAGAGUGCGCAACUCCCCUUCCUCCUCUUUUGUAUAGGUUGAACACCAAUACAAACACCAGCACACGUGGAGGCCACAACGCAUGACAAAUUUGUGCACCUAGUGCAGUACUGUUAGAGCUUCCGGAAUUUGUCAUGCAUAAUAGUGAUACAUCAAGGGAACAACUGGAAUUGUGGACUUUAUUGCAUGAGAAAUGAGGACGAGGGGGAGUUGUGCACUGUCAUAUCUGAAAGAACAGGAGAAGAAACUGGAGGAACAGGUGCACGCCACGGAAGAUUUCUGGGAAGCCACGUUCGGCAACAUCCAACACUCAGACAUCGUUGAUUCGGUGCUCCAAAGCGAAAACCAAUAUCCUAUGAAAAAACGUUCCCACCCCAUAGUCAAGAUAGGAAAUCGGCUAGACAAAUCCACAAGUUUUGGCUGUUUUGCAUGACAAAUCUGUGGAAUCGUGGUGUAGUGCUGGUCGAGGUACUUAAGCAGCAUCACAGAUCUAGUCCAUCAUUCUGAUUAGAGCAUGACUAAUUGUAAUUCCAAAACACGACUACGCAAUGCUCCUUCUCAUGAGAAACAUUUGUAACAUGCAGAUUUGCUGCAAAUCUGCAUGUUACAAAUCUGGAGUUGGGGACGUUUUUGCAUGCGAUAGCCAAGCGGUCCUGUUCAACGCACAAAACACGUCCGGCGCGGCGGCGCAGCGCGAGCCGACGUUCACCAUUCAGAAAUAUAAUGUGAUAUGCAAUGCAAAAGCAUCGUACUAAGUAUAAAUUGCAUUACAAAUAAUUUUUGCAAGAAGAAAAGUGGAACCAACUUGUAAUGCUGUUUUACCCUUGAUGGAGGAAGCUUUGUCAUGCAUAUUUGCAAUUAUUACGAGUACGAUACUUCUGCCCAGUAUACCUGAAGGACGAAAUUGACUUCGACUUUGAGCCCCAGGACUUCGGGAAAAUUCCCACGGAAAUUUACGAGUCGAUAUUACAAUGAAAAAUGCCCCCACCCCCGAACUUGGGAGCAUUUGUAUUGCAAACCUUUCCAAGUGAAACAUUCGCCCUCUUGCAUCUAUCAGCAUCACAGGUUUCCAAUCGUGAGUAGCAAAGAUUUGUAUUGCAAAAGACCCUAGCACGAGCGGCGCUUGUCAUGCAAGCGAUGCGACACACGCGUAGACUCUGCAUCAGAAAGAUUCAUUCUCCUUUCAUGCAUGACAAAAAGUUUUCAUUUGGAAACUUCGCACCACAAAUUUUUGCAAUUUCAGGGGUGGGGGGCACUUUUCACCGCAAUAAUCGAAGGCGAGAAUCCGCAGGCUGAUCACCGACGGGUCGAUUGCUUUUUUGAAGAAGAUCGCGGGAACAUUGGAUGUGCCGAUCGGGGGAGCGGCUGCUGUGCCGAAUCUCGUUGCGGCCUUGGGGCUCGAGGACCAUUCCGCGGGCGCUGCAGUGGCGGA